AUGGAGGACGAAUCAUUCGAGGGCGACACCUCUGCCUUUGUCACAGGCGAUGACUUUAUUGGGUUUGACAUCCCAAGCGCUGGGCCCUCGCGCAGCCCUUCGCCCGAUGCCGCCUCAACUCGCCCUCCUUCCGCCAGUUCACCAAAGGGCAAGAGCCGAGCCUACGACCGCGAAGGCGAGGCGACCGACGCGUCGACCGACAAGCCCAAGAACCGUUCUGAGAAACGAAAGGAGAGCAAGCGUAAGGGAAAGGGCAAAGAGCCCGAACCCAAGCGUCCCAAGGUCGACGAGGGCGACCGUGUCGGUCCUCGCAACUUGAAAGAGGAGCGCAAGGCUGCCGAACGUGCCGCGCCGUGGGCCGAGGAUGUCGACUGGGAGGGAUGCACCAACCCUGCUGAAAUGCUCAACGACGAGAUCCACGCGUUCUACCGCCUCAUGUCUCCCACGCGUGGGGAAUACGAAGUGCGCAAGACCAUGAUUGAGCUCAUUUCAUACACGAUCCGCCGCGAGUGGCGAGACGCCGAGGUGUCUGCCUUUGGAUCAUGGCAGACCCAGAUGUACCUUCCGAUGGGCGACAUUGACCUGGUGGUCAGCAACCCGCGGUUCACCGAGAGCUCCAAGGUCAAGCUGCUACACGAGCUCGCACGCAUCAUCCGUCACAGCGGUAUCACCAACACGGUUGCGGCCAUCACAAGGGCAAGAGUCCCCAUUAUCAAGUUUGUGACGACGGACGGACACAUCAACGUCGACAUUUCGCUCAACCAGGGCAACGGCGUGUCUGCUGCCCAUAUCAUGACGCACUAUCUUGACGCGCUGCCGGGCGCGCGCGAGCUGAUUCUCGUUCUCAAGUCGUACCUCUCGCAGCGGUCCAUGAACGAGGUGUUCACUGGCGGUUUGGGAUCGUACUCUGCCAUUUGCCUGGUACUGUCUUUCCUGCAAACCCACCCCAAAGUGCGCAACAGCGAGAUUGACCCGCACCGCAACCUGGGUGUCCUGCUUGUCGAGUUCUUUGAGCUGUACGGCCGCAACUACAACUACGACGACGUCACCAUUGCGGUCCGUCGCGGUGGAGGCUACUGCACCAAGCGCAGCCGUGGAUGGAAUAACCACACGCAACCGUACCUUCUCUCGAUCCAGGACCCGCAAGACCCCGUCAAUGACGUUUCGAAAACGUCGUUUGGGAUUCGCCAGGUCAAGCUCACUUUGGCUGGGGCAUACGAGCUCCUCACUGCGCGCCUGUUUGAGGCCGCCGAGGUCAUUGCGACGCGUGCCAAAUCAAAGCGUGAUCGCGAGCCACUGGACCCGCAACAGAUGACCAUUCUCGGCAAGAUUAUGGGUGUCACAAAGGAGACCAACAAGUUUCGUCGCGAGAUCGAGUACCUCGCCACCAACCGGAUCCUGCAGCGUAAACUCGCCGACGCGAUUGCGAGGUAUGGCCCGAUCCGCGACGACGAAACGGUGCAUCCCAAGCACCGCGACACCACGUCUGCGCACCUCUCGUCGGCCAUUACGGGCGUGCGCUCGUCGUCGCCGGAUGCUUCGUUGCCCAGCGACGACGACGCCGCUGUCGGUGCCAUUCUCGUCGACGACGACGAAGACAACGACAUGGAUUCGUCAAACAGCGAGUUUGAGCUGUCGAGCAUUAGCGGGAUGGACGAGCCCCUCCCGCGCCCCGGCAAGAACAGGUACAUGAGCGUCAGCGAGGACGAGGUCGAGGAGUCGCGCUACGAGAUCGCCACCAACAAAAGGGUGAACGCCAAUGGCAACGGCAAGAGCCAGGCCAAUGGCAAUGGCCAUGCCAGCAGCAGCAGCAACCGCGCGGCGUCGGUGCCCGCUACCAAACCCUCGCGCGAACCCACGCCGAGGUUAUCCAAGUCCAAACCCGCGUCGCGUAUCCCAUCCCCACAGGCCGGUGCCACGGCCGCCGACGCGCCAUCGCCGCGCGACAGGGCUGCCGAGCGCGAAAGGCUCAAGCGCAAGCAGCACGAGAGGAAGGCGUUUUGGGCCUCCAAGGGCGUGCUGGAGGCGAGCGAAGAGUCCGAGGGGAGCGAGUAG